AUGGGACCGACUUCCGUUCGUCGAAACCUCUUCCACCAAAACCUUAGCCGACGGCCUGCCUCUGCAGGACCAUCCAAUGGCACCGUGCCGCUUGGAACCAGCAGCCUCUCGAAUCGCCCUUCGCACCGCCUGAAGCCGACAUCAUCAGACUCAAUUGCAGCAUCAAGAAAUGCUAGGCUGGUUGAAAGCAGGGAGAUCGCCGUGCGGGAGAGGGCCGGUGGCUACAAGUUUGAUGCCCCCACCAAAGAGCUGCAGCCUCUAAUCGGGGAAGAUGGGGAGGAGCUUGGUGACCUGGAUGAAGAGGGAGCCGGUGGAAUCCUCGACUCGGAGCUUACUGUGCACGAGAAAGAGAAGUUCGAUGCUGCUCUGGGGGAGAUGAUGUUUCGUAAUCGGAACAAACAGUCGAGUGGUGAACCCGAUGAGCUCUUGAAUAUCGUUCACCAGAACCUCCAGCGACAAGUAGCUUCGUUGGAAGAUGACAAUUGGAUGUUCGAGCCUGAAAAAGAUACGCACUCCUAA